UCAAAUGGUUUGCUUGGUCAGUCAAUGCCCUCUAACUUGGAACUUGAUGGGUCAGUCAAUGCCAAAGUCAAUGGAAUCACAGUUGGGAAUACGAAGCUUCACAUUGAACAAGAAUAUGUUCUCCUUUAUCUUCACCAAGCUUUUAAUUGGUUUCUUUGCAUCAGUGAACUUCACCAAUUACAAACGAUAUCCAAAGAAGCUGUGGGAGGGGAGGGGCUUGUUUUAUUAUAUAGUCAGAUCACUAAUACAAAGACAAUUGUCACGGGAGCAGGAGAUGAAACACCUAGGUUUUGGAAUGUGUUUCCUUCCCCUAAAUCUCAGUGGCUCAAAGCGCUACUCAAAGAUUGAUAGAAGCUAAGUAUUGACCAAAACAAUUUUACAAGAUUUUGCUUCUUCUAUACAUGGAAGUUAGCUUUGGACAGCUAGAUCAC